AUGGCGUUCUCUUCUCUCAUUGGAUCUACUACGUCUCCUGUUCUACAAGCCUCGCGUCUCGAGGUCUCUCCCUCUGCCUCCGCAUGCCCUCCGCUCAAUCGAUCCAAGUCAAGCAUCUUUGGUGCUUCUGUUACAGGGGAAUCGUCGUCUUUACAGUUGAGUAGUCCAAUUGUUUCUGCCUCUCCAAUUAGAGCCACUGCCACGGAAAUGCCUCCUACAGUUCAGAAAUUACGAAGCAGUGGGAAAACAAAAGUUGGAAUCAAUGGUUUUGGACGGAUUGGAAGGUUGGUUUUACGAGUUGCAACUUUGAGGGAUGAUAUUGAUGUGGUAGCAGUCAAUGAUCCUUUUGUGGAUGCUAAGUACAUGAAUGAAAUGGAGGGCUAUCUGGGAAAAAAAGUUAGCUGCUUUGAGACAGAAAAUGGACGCAAGUUUGCAUCACUAAAUGAACUGCACUUCACACAUUACAAUUUUAUUUUGGCUUGCUAA